UCCAUCUAAAUCCAAAUUAAACAACAACAAAAAAAAAACACACACACACACACACACAAAGCCUCUCUCUCUCUCUCCUCCCAAAAUUCGAAUCCGCAUCCACCGCCAAACCCUAUUUUUCUAUCUCUCUCUCUGUAUCUCUCUUUCCUCUGGUUCUGGCGAGCUGAGCCUGAGACCAAGCUGCUGCAAAUACAAGAAGCACACGAGAAUACAUAUAAAAAGCACGAAAAUGAGGAGGGGAGCUAAGAGGAAGGCGAGCCAGAAGGAGGCAGAGAACCACAAAGAAUCGAGCAAAGCCGCCAACAGCAGCAAAGCCACAAGGACUCGGACGACGAAGAGGGUUAAGGCGUCCGAGCCCCAAUCGGAGCCCCAAUACUUGGAGGACCCUCGGAACCUCGAAGAUCUAUGGAAGGCUGCAUUUCCUGUUGGGACUGAAUGGGAUCAAUUGGACUCCGUUUACCAAUUCAAGUGGGAUUUCUCCAAUCUCGAACAAGCUUUUGAAGAAGGGGGGAAGCUCUAUGACCUUGGCAAGAACAAAGUCUAUCUCUUCGGUUGUACUGAGCCUCAAUUGGUGUCUGUGAAUGGUGAAAACAAAGUUGUUUGCAUUCCUGUUGUGGUCGCUGUUGUAUCACCAUUCCCCCCUUCGGAUAAGAUUGGGAUUAAUUCAGUUCAGAGAGAAGCUGAAGAAAUAAUUCCCAUGAAACAAAUGAAAAUGGACUGGAUUCCAUAUAUUCCUCUGGAGAAUAGAGACAGCCAAGUUGAUAGACUUAAAUCUCAAAUAUUCAUUUUGGGCUGCACUCAAAGAAGGGCUGCUUUGAAACACAUGAAGAUAGAUCGUCUCAAGAAAUUUGAGUACUGUUUGCCUUAUUUCUAUCAGCCUUUUAAGGAAGAUGAGCUUGAGCAAAGCACUGAGGUCCCAAUAAUGUUUCCAGGAGAGCCAAAGCCGGUUUACUGUGAAUUUGAUUGGGAGUUGGAUGAAUUGAAGGAGUUCACUGAUAAAUUGAUAGAAGAGGAGGAAUUAUCUGCAGACCAGAAGGAUGCAUUCAAGGAGUUUGUCAAGGAGAAAGUACGUGAACAAAAGAAAAAUAACCGGGAGGCAAGGGAAGCCCGGAGAAAAGCCAUUGAAGAAAUGAGUGAGGAAGCUAAAGCAGCAUUUGAAAAUAUGAGGUUUUACAAGUUCUACCCUGUACAGACACCAGAUACUCCUGACGUAUCAAAUGUUAAGGCUCCAUUCAUCAACAGGUAUUAUGGCAAAGCUCAUGAGGUAUUGUGAUUAUUUCCUCUAAGGUCAAGAUGGCAGAUUUGAAAUGUCUCGAGCCUUGUCUGGCCGUGCUGUUAACUACUCUAAGAUAAAGACUUGGUACUCUGAAAAAGUAUGGGAGGCAAUCCCCUGGUGCCUCGAUAUAGAAUUGCUUGAAUACAGCCUAGGUGUCUCCCAGACAGAUGUAGACUUGUAGCUUCAGAAUUUUUAGAUAAAAGAAGAUGAGGUGCACUUGUUACCACAGGAGGAAUUUGUAAGAUACAUUGAGGCUUUUGAAUUUUGUACUAGUGGGGCUGUGAAGCUGGAAUUUUCCAGUGGCUUAGAAUGUCUUCAUUUCUCUCUGAGUAA